AUGUCUCCGCCGAAAAUCAAAGCCGUCUUUUUCGACUUCAUGGGAACUUGUCUCGACUGGCAUAGUAGCGUUGUGCAGGCAUUGCCAUCCGCAAUUCCCACAGACGAAGCCUCGAAGCUGGCUCUAGAGUGGCGUAGAGAAUAUUUCCUUGAAAAUAGCAAGCGCGUUAGCCAGAAUCUUCACCCGGAGGACAUCGACAUCACCCUAGCCCGCACUCUGGAAGUCAUCCUCAACCAGUGGCCCGAUCACACACACCAGUUUGACUCUGAAAUCAAGAGACAGGCUGUGCAAGCCUGGCAUUCGCAGCAAGCAUGGCCCGAAGUCGCCGACGCUAUCAAGAGUCUCCGACGAGACCGAGGUCUGGAAGUCUUUGUCCAUGCAAACGGUACCACUCGUCUCCAACUAGACCUGACUCGAUCUUCGGGGUUGGAGUUCAACAUGUUGUUCUCGAGCCAGUUGCUAGGUGCUUAUAAGCCUCGUCCGGAGGCAUAUGAGAAGGGACUAGAGCUUGUCAAGCUUCGGCCACAGGAGGUGGUGCUGGUUGCGGCGCAUGCGUAUGACUUGCGGGGUGCAAAGCAGUGUGGACUGAGGACGGUUUAUAUCCACCGAUGGACUGAUGAUAUUGACGAGGAUAUGGAGAAGAUUAAGGUGGAGUUUGACGUGUUCUUGGAGAACAUGGAUGAUCUUGCUGAUACGAUUGGGAGGCUGUGA